AUCCAGACCGCAGAGCUCCUGCCAGCGGCCGCGCUCCGGCUGCAGGGUACCGAUCCCCGCCGCUGGGACCGGGACGGAGACUUCCCCCUACUGGGAACGGGCGAGGCUGCGGCCGCGGGAGCCCUGCCGGUGCCAGGAUGGGCAGAAGGAGAGGAGCAGACCCAUGAAGCUCCUCCAAUCCGGGGUGGGGUAGGGCACGGCACGGAGCGGAGCUGCCCCCGGUUGAGUCACCGCCGCAGCUCGGGACCGCGGCUGGGGAGAGCCUCGCCGGGGCUGGGCAGUGCCACAGCGCCCGCGGGACGUGGAGGCUGCAGGAUGAUGCAGUGCGGAGCCUGUGCCCGGGCGGUGCUGGCACUGAUGUCCCUCUCCCUUGGCAUCGCUGCUGAUGAGCUGCUGUGCGCCUGCGACGUGCCACACUGCAGCGAGCCCAGCUGCACGGGCAAGGUGUGCUUCACCAGCAAGAGGAAGGAGGAGGGAGCCAUCGUCCAGCACAGGGGCUGCCUGUCCCAGAACAUCCUGGAGCACUGCCACACGUCUGUGACAGAGCAGUACGGCAUGAGGUGCUGCGAGUCCAGCAUGUGCAACGCCGAGCUGGAGAUCUUCCUGCAAGGAGAAGAGGCCCUGGGAAAGGCACCUUCCCUGCCCAACCUCCUCUUGAUGAUCUUCGUCCCCCUGCUCACCCUCCUCAUCCUCGUGGUGCUCACAGCACUCUUCUGCUGGAAGGUUGCCCAGCACCGCCACAAGGAAAACGACCUGGGGGACAUGGACCUCAUGCUGAAGGCAUCCACGGUGGGAGACAGCACUUUGGAGGACCUGCUGAGCGAUGACUGCACCACAGGCAGCGGCUCAGGGCUGCCCUUCCUGGUCCAGCGCACUGUGGCUCGGCAAAUCACCCUGGUGGAGUGCGUGGGCAAAGGGCGCUACGGCGAGGUGUGGCGUGGGGUGUGGCACGGCGAGAGCGUGGCCGUGAAGAUCUUCUCCUCCCGGGACGAGCAGUCCUGGUUCCGUGAGACGGAGAUCUACAACACAGUCCUGCUCCGGCACGACAACAUCCUGGGCUUCAUUGCCUCUGACAUGACGUCGAGGAACUCCAGCACUCAGCUCUGGCUCAUCACUCACUACCAUGAGAAUGGUUCCCUCUAUGACUACCUGCAGAGGACAGCCCUGGACGUGGAGUCCUGUUUGCUGUUGGCCUCCUCCAUCAUCUGUGGCCUCGUCCAUCUCCACGUGGAGAUCUUUGGCACCCAGGGCAAGCCUGCCAUUGCCCACCGCGACCUGAAGAGCAGGAACAUCCUGGUCAAAAACAAUCGCCAGUGCUGCAUAGCAGACCUGGGGCUGGCCGUUAUGCACUCCCAGGGCAGCGACUACUUGGACAUUGGCAACAACCCUCGGGUGGGCACCAAGCGCUACAUGGCCCCCGAGGUGCUGAGCGAGCAGAUCCGCACCGACUGCUUCGAGUCCUACAAGCAGACUGACGUCUGGGCCUUCGGGCUGGUGCUCUGGGAGCUCACUCGCCGCACUGCCGUCAACGGCAUCGUGGAGGAGUACCGACCACCCUUCUUCGACGCCGUGCCCAGCGACCCCAGCUUCGAAGACAUGAAGAAGGUUGUGUGCAUCGACCAGCAGACCCCCAGCAUCCCCAACCGACUCUUCUCCGACCCGGUUUUGUCGACGCUCGCAAGGAUCAUGAAGGAGUGCUGGUACCAGAGCCCCUCCGCCCGCCUCACCGCCCUGCGGAUCAAAAAGACACUGAAGAAGCUGAACAAUUCCCUGGAGAAGCCCAAGCUGCAGCAGUGAGCAGCGAAGGGCACCGCACUGGAGCAGUGAGCAGCGAAGGGGACCGCACUGGAGCAGUGAGCAGCGAAGGGAACCGCAUUAGAGCAGUGAAGGGCACCGCAUUGGAGCAGUAAGCAGCGGCAGGGAAGGAGACCGCACCGGAGCAGCGAGCAGCAGGCACACAUCAGAGCCACUCGUGGGAGGCAGCAGGGAUGGCAGCGAUGCCAGCACCAGGAUGGCUCCCAGGCACGGAGGGGGUUUUGCUCCCAGGCUUUUCCCACCCUUCCUUGGUGGCUUUUUAACUUGCAAGGAGGGAAAAAACAAGGGAGGGGGGAGGGGAGUGGGUGGGAAAAGGCAAAAGGAAUCUUCCAGCCCAGCUAUAAAAAUACCCCCCCGGAUCCGUCAGCCGAUGCCAGCAUGUGGCGCCUGCCCGGCAGGAAUGGCAGCAGGUGCCAGGGGGGGCUGGCAGCCCACCCUGAGCCUCCAUCCAGACACCACAGUCAAGGGGCGAGCAGGCACUGGAGCCCCAGCACCCACGCCCUGCUGCAGCCCCCGAGCUCAGCUGGGCACCCACCCCAUCGUUGGCACCCAGCGUGGCAUGCAGGCAGCGGGUGCUGCCCCAGCCUGCCUGCUUGGCGCGUUGGCAGCUCAAGGGCCCCACCAGGAAUUCCCCGGCAGGCUGCAGUGCCCGGCGUGCCUCUCACCAAAGCAGCUCUGGAUUUGACGGGGAAAAGAUGGUCCUGGGACAGAAUUCCCUGCACCAGGACGGAUCCACGCCCUGGAGCAUCUCAGAGCUCACCUGGAUCAAAGCUCUCAGCAAACCCAGCAGGGACCAACCACCCUUAGUGCCACGGGGACCUGCCAAGACCCGAGCUGCCACAGCUCUGCUGGCCUGAUCCUUCCCCUCACCUCCUUUUCCUGAGCCCUUUGGGUCUUUGCCAACGCUUUGGUGUUUCCCAGUGCGUUUUGGAGCGCCCCAGCCCAGACUUCUCACUGCCCCCUCCUCAGAUCCCUCCGCGUUUGGGGGCUGUUUGGACAGGACCAGGGCGUUCAGCAGAAGCAGCUUUGCUCCAGAGUUAUUUAAUGAUUAAGAUUUAAUAUAUUUAAUAAAGGUGUAAAGCUA